AUGUGCAAUGGCAGAGUACAUGAAAUCGAAGGACGCUUCAUACAAUGGGCCAACGGAGAAGUUGCUAUGUUCGAGCAACUGCCUGACGGGAUAGUCUGCGGAGAAGAAAGGGCAAAGCUGCGGAGCACCGCCUUGAUUUGGUCCAAAGAGACGUGGGUGAGGAAGACUUGGUCGAAGGCAAACAUCGAAAGGAAGUGGCCGGAGCCAGCCCCAAAGCCAAUGAUUACUACCAUCAAAAAGGUGUCAGAGCUGCGCUACGCAUCUGACACAAUCAGUGAUGAGUUCUGGGACGGAAAAUCUCUCAGGGGCCUGGUGGAUGACAUUACUUCCUACACGAUAAACCUGUCCACUCAUGAGAAGAUGAUCCUAGACUGUGUCGAAGUUCCAGUUCGUCGGUUUUCCAAAGAGAGGCAGUGGGAUCAGUGGGUGGGAAGCGAGGCAGGCUGCCAAGGAACGAUCUAUUGCUUGAACAACCGUAGGCUGUGGUGCAUCAAGGAAAGCUCAGAGAAGAUGGGCAGGGAUCUUCCAGUGAGGGUGAAGAUCUACCGUUUUUCCGAUUGUGCCGGAUUCUGGCAGUCUCGCAUUACUACAGUCAACGGUGGGCAUCGGGUUUCCAUCCGUAGAUUGCAAGAAGACUCAGAUUUGCCAACAGGAGAUAUGCCAGAGAGGAUGUACAUAGCAAAAUCCAAACGCAAAUCUGAGUACCUGCACUUGAUCGUAGAUGGAUUUCAUGUGGAUGUGCUUGCCUCUUGCACUCCAACCCUUUGUGGAGAAAGGCUCGCGGAUGCUUUACUUAACUAA